CCUUCCCUACCCCCUCUAUCUCUCGAUCUGUACCCGUAAACGCUUUACCUAUGUCCAAUUUUUGCUGAGUCGCUCAGGGCAAAAUGGCUGGCGCCGACGAAACGCUCGCGGCCGCUGCUGCCAUUCUUCAAGGUCUGGCUCGAGAAGUCCCUGGCAUCGGCUCCUCCUCUCCUCCUUUCGACUUUCAAUUCUCCCACCCUUCCGCCAAUGGCUGCGAGACAAAACAUGCCAAACUACCUGGGCAGCCAAGUCCGGCAAAGGCGGCUUUUGAGAACGAGCUGGAGGCUUUAGUCCGCCGUGUACACCAUUUGGAAUUCCAAGCUCAGCAAAAUUCACAUCCUCCCCCGCGAACAAAACGAACCCCCUCCGGAUCGGAUGGCCGGGGCCCCGAGGACGAAAUUGACGGCGAUGAAACCGACGAAGACGAAGAAGCGGAUUCGGGAACUCGACUCGUGCGCGAAGAGGACAUUAGUUACCUACGGAAUCAUGUGCAAAAACAGGCGGAGGAAAUAAGUUACCAGAAGGACAUCAUCGCCCAAGUCCGUGACGAAUUACAACAGCAGGAAGAACAUACAAGACGGGCUUUGACCAAGGUCGAAAAUGAGGAUGUGGUCCUCUUGGAACGAGAGCUACGCAAGCACCAGCAGGCCAACGAGGCUUUCCAGAAAGCUCUUCGGGAAAUCGGCGGGAUCAUCACCCAGGUCGCCAACGGUGACCUGUCCAUGAAGGUGCAAAUCCAUCCCCUGGAGAUGGACCCCGAAAUCGCAACUUUCAAACGUACGAUAAAUACCAUGAUGGAUCAACUACAGGUAUUUGGUAGCGAGGUGUCUCGAGUCGCACGAGAGGUCGGUACAGAAGGCAUACUAGGUGGCCAGGCUCAGAUCACGGGGGUCCAUGGUAUCUGGAAAGAACUUACGGAGAACGUCAACAUAAUGGCCAAGAAUCUCACCGAUCAGGUGAGGGAAAUCGCGGCGGUCACCACCGCCGUCGCUCAUGGUGACCUGAGCCAGAAAAUCGAAAGCCGGGCUCAGGGUGAAAUCUUGGAGCUUCAGCAGACAAUCAAUACCAUGGUUGACCAACUCCGCACAUUUGCAACAGAGGUGACACGGGUAGCGCGCGACGUCGGUACGGAAGGUGUUUUAGGGGGUCAGGCUCAAAUAGAAGGGGUACAAGGCAUGUGGAAUGAACUCACGGUAAAUGUCAACGCUAUGGCGAAUAAUUUAACAACACAAGUACGGGAUAUUGCGACAGUCACCAAAGCCGUGGCCAAGGGUGAUCUGACACAAAAGGUUCAAGCCAACUGCAAAGGAGAGAUUGCUGAAUUGAAAAACAUUAUCAAUUCCAUGGUGGACCAACUACGACAAUUUGCUCAGGAGGUCACAAAAAUUGCUAAGGAGGUCGGUACAGAUGGUGUAUUAGGUGGUCAGGCUACUGUCAAUGAUGUGGAGGGGACAUGGAAGGAUUUGACCGAGAAUGUCAACCGCAUGGCCAACAAUUUAACCACCCAAGUCCGAGAGAUUGCCGAUGUCACGACUGCCGUCGCAAAGGGUGAUCUGACCAAGAAGGUCACGGCUAACGUCCAGGGUGAAAUUCUGGAUCUUAAAAGCACGAUCAAUGGCAUGGUGGACCGACUAAAUACUUUUGCAUUCGAGGUCAGCAAGGUAGCUCGAGAGGUCGGCACAGACGGCACGCUGGGAGGGCAAGCCAAGGUCGACAAUGUGGAAGGGAAAUGGAAGGAUCUCACCGACAAUGUGAAUACAAUGGCUCAAAAUUUGACAUCCCAGGUGCGAAGUAUAUCAGAUGUCACCCAGGCCAUCGCCAAGGGUGACCUCAGCAAAAAGAUUGAAGUGCAUGCACAGGGAGAGAUUCUCACCCUCAAGGUUACAAUCAACCACAUGGUGGACCGACUGGCCAAAUUCGCAACGGAGCUUAAAAAGGUCGCACGCGAUGUCGGUGUCGAUGGCAAAAUGGGCGGCCAAGCGAACGUCGAAGGGAUAGCGGGAACGUGGAAAGAGAUCACUGAGGACGUCAACACCAUGGCCGAAAAUUUGACUUCACAAGUGCGUGCAUUUGGCGAAAUUACAGAUGCCGCAACAGAUGGCGAUUUUACCAAGCUGAUCACCGUAAACGCCUCUGGUGAGAUGGACGAGCUGAAGCGGAAGAUCAACAAGAUGGUGUCCAACCUCAGGGAUAGUAUUCAACGAAACACUGCUGCCAGGGAAGCCGCCGAAUUGGCCAAUCGAACAAAGUCCGAAUUCCUGGCGAAUAUGAGUCAUGAAAUCCGAACGCCCAUGAAUGGUAUCAUCGGAAUGACGCAGUUGACGUUGGAUACGGAUGACCUCAAGCCUUACACACGAGAGAUGCUGAACGUGGUUCACAAUCUGGCAAACAGUUUAUUGACCAUCAUUGACGACAUACUCGAUAUUUCGAAGAUCGAAGCCAACAGAAUGGUCAUUGAAAGCAUCCCAUUUACCGUGCGUGGAACAGUCUUCAAUGCACUCAAAACCCUGGCGGUCAAGGCAAAUGAGAAGUUCCUCAGUUUGACUUACCAGGUAGACAACACAGUGCCUGACUAUGUCAUUGGAGAUCCUUUCCGUCUCCGCCAGAUCAUUCUUAACCUGGUCGGCAAUGCUAUCAAGUUUACCGAGCACGGAGAGGUCAAGCUCACAAUCUGCAAAUCAGAUCGGGAGCAACCUGCUGCCAAUGAAUACGCCUUUGAAUUUUCUGUCUCCGACACUGGUAUUGGUAUCGAGGAAGAUAAGCUUGAUCUCAUUUUCGACACGUUCCAGCAAGCAGAUGGUUCGACCACGAGGAGGUUUGGCGGAACAGGUCUUGGUCUGUCCAUUUCAAAGCGCCUGGUAAACUUGAUGGGUGGUGAUGUGUGGGUCACUUCCGAGUAUGGUCAUGGCAGUACAUUUCAUUUCACCUGUGUUGUGAAACUUGCGGACCAAUCCCUCAGUGUCAUUGCCUCACAGCUCGUGCCUUACAAGAACCACCGCGUGCUUUUCAUCGACAAGGGAGAAAAUGGUAACCAAGCUCCCAAUGUCAUGAAGAUGCUGAAGCAGAUCGAACUCGAGCCGUUAGUCGUCAGGAACGAAGACCAUGUUCCACCGCCCGAGAUCCAAGAUCCGUCCGGCAAGGAGUCUGGUCACGCCUACGAUGUCAUAAUCGUGGAUUCGGUUGCCACCGCUCGGUUGCUGCGGACGUUCGAUGACUUCAAAUACGUUCCUAUCGUCUUGGUUUGUCCCCUGGUCUGCGUAAGCUUGAAGUCUGCUCUGGAUCUCGGUAUCAGUUCCUACAUGACGACACCAUGCCAACCGAUUGAUCUCGGCAAUGGUAUGCUACCUGCACUUGAAGGACGAUCCACACCCAUCACCACGGACCACUCUCGAUCAUUUGACAUUCUCCUCGCAGAAGACAACGACGUCAACCAGAAGCUGGCUGUCAAGAUCCUUCAAAAACACAACCAUAACGUCUCUGUUGUCGGUAACGGCCAAGAGGCUGUAGAGGCGGUCAAACAGUGUCGCUACGAUGUCAUUUUGAUGGACGUCCAGAUGCCGAUCAUGGGUGGCUUCGAAGCCACUGGUAAGAUUCGAGAAUAUGAGCGAGAUAAUGGCCUCACUCGAACCCCCAUUAUUGCCCUCACGGCCCACGCCAUGUUGGGUGACCGAGAAAAAUGCAUACAGGCCCAGAUGGAUGAGUAUCUAUCGAAACCUUUGAAGCAAAAUCAAAUGAUGCAGACAAUUCUCAAAUGUGCAACCCUGGGUGGUUCGCUUUUGGAAAAAAGCAAGGAGUCACGAAUCUCGAGCAGCGGCGAAAUGCAUCCGGUCCAUCAGACCGGUGGCUCCGAAAACAAAGGCCAGCAGCAGCAGCAGCAACAACAGCAGCAGCAACAGCAACAACUACAACUACAUCGGCCGGGAAUGGAACCCCGGGCCAUAACUACUUCAGGGCCUAUCAGCCGUGGUAGCCUCGCCAGUCCGAAUGUUGAGAAAGACGAGGAUCUUUCCAUGGAAAGGGCACUGUUGCGAUCAAACAGCUCCUGAGGCGUUAUACAGUUGUCGUUUGCUUUUGUCUUCCUUUUCUAUCUUCUCAUCAUGCUUCCG